AACUGAGUUCAUACAAUACUACUGAGACAUCUACAGCUUAGCAGACAGAUACGGUGAACCGCCUAUCCCAGCUCCUGUAAGUGAUGCUGCACUAAGGCACACUUUGAUCCAACUCCACCGGGGGGAGAUGCGCUCUCUGCCUCCCUCGUUUAAGUGUUUUUUUUUGGAGCGCGCGUUACCUUAAAUCAGUCAAAACAAGUGGUUUUUUUGACACAACUUAGGCUCAAGCUUGUAGUUAUUCACCCGAAUUCUUUUCUUCUUUUUUCUCUUUUAAUUCACCUCUCUGGAUGGAAGUUUUGCGCUCUGUCCAAAACGCGUUAAAGGCAAAUCCUGUGAUUUUCAGCUGGUAAAAUUGUGAAGCAAAUUUAGAGUAGGGACACAAAGUAUACGUUAAAAAAAAAGCCCUGGAUCACUGCGUUUGUCCACCAGUGGGAUUGCGAGCCUAAGACACUGGAAGAGGAAUUACAGCCUCCUUUUCAAACAAACUUCAUCGCUGUACUUGCCUUUUUCUUUUUCUUUUGCACACGAGGACCACGCUUUCAUUUUUUUUUUCUUAGCGCAUGGAUAAGUUUUGUUGUGGAUAACAGUGUUAUUCUACUUCGUUUGCCUUUUUUUUCCUGCCUCUUCUAAUGAGGAUCCUCGCUCCCCUAUUUUCCCACUUCAGAUUAAUUCAUGGCACUUCUUUUUUGUAAACCAGCGAUGACUCUUCGCGACGACACUGACGGUUGAUUUUCCAUCGUAUCCGAGAAGAGAAGAAUUGCCGCAGUAGAAGUGAAGCCCCCAUCUAAUCUUGAGUAUGGACUUAGCAAGUCAGUUGCAUGCACUGGUGGUCCUGCUCACCUGUGUGGUCUUAAUAUGCAAGGCCCAGGAGAGGGACUACAUAGUGAAGGAGGAGCAGCCGGAGAAUGUCCGCAUUGGGAAUCUGCGAAGGGACUUGGACCUUAACCUCGACCCGAACAUCAGGCUAUCCUCCCCGCUGCAGUUCAAGCCUGUCUAUAAGACAGGCGACGUGCCUUUGGUGAGAGUUGAGGCCAACACAGGGGAGAUCUUCACAACCAAUCACAGAAUCGACCGGGAGAAGCUGUGCUCGGGAGUCUUCACUGAGAAACGCUGCUAUUACGAGAUCGAGGUGGCAGUGCUGCCCGAUGAGAUCUUCAGAUUGGUCAAGAUCCGUUUCCUGAUUGAAGAUGUGAAUGACAACGCACCUCUUUUCCAGUCCACUGUUAUAAACAUCUCCAUCCCAGAGAACACAGCCAUCAACACCCGAUACCCGGUGCCAUCAGCGUUUGACCCUGAUGUGGGAAUCAAUGGGAUCCAGCAUUACGAACUCGUCAAGAGUGUCAGUGAGUUUGGCUUAGACAUCAUUGAGACUCCUGAAGGUGACAAGUGGCCACAGCUCAUUGUCCAGCAGAACCUUGACCGUGAGCAGAAGGAUACUUUUGUCAUGAAAAUAAAGGUGGAGGAUGGUGGCAGUCCUCCCAAAUCCAGCACUGCCAUUCUCCAAGUUACCAUCUCUGAUGUCAAUGACAACCGUCCUAUCUUUAAAGACAGCGAGCUAGAGGUGUCGGUUCCAGAGAAUGCUCCAAUGGGGACAUCGGUUGCUCAACUUCAUGCGACGGAUGCAGACUUGGGUUCCAACGCACAGAUCCACUUCGCCUUCAGUAACCAGGUCUCUUCCUCAACCAAACGUCACUUUGCCAUAAACAGCUCUACUGGACUCAUCACUGUGAAGCAGCCACUGGACAGGGAGAUAACACCUGUUCAUAAACUUAUUGUCCUGGCAAGUGACGGCAGCUCAACUCCAUCCAGAGCGACAGUCAUUGUUAAUGUCACAGAUGUUAAUGACAAUGUCCCCUCCAUAGACACUCGCUACAUCAUCAACCUGGUGAAUGGGACUGUUCUGCUGUCUGAGAAUGCACCCCUCAAUACCAAAAUAGCCCUUAUUACUGUUACUGACAAGGAUGCAGAUCUGUAUGGCAAAGUGGCUUGCUACACUGACCACGAUGUUCCUUUUCGAUUGAAACCCGUCUUUAACGAUCAGUUCUUACUAGAGACAGCUGCUCCUCUAGAUUAUGAGACAACUCGAGAAUAUGCCAUCAAGAUAGUGGCAUCUGAUAGGGGGACCCCUCCCUUGAACACUUCUGCUAUGGUCCUAAUUAAAAUCAAGGAUGAGAAUGACAAUGCUCCUAUAUUCCCCCAGCCUGAAAUUCAGCUUUCCAUACCUGAGAACAAUGACCCCUCAACACAAUUAAUAAAAAUCAGCGCCACUGAUGCAGAUAGUGGACACAAUGCUGAGAUUAUUUAUGCUCUUGGCCCUGAUGCACCUGAUGGGUUUAACAUUGACAGACGGUCAGGAAUUCUCUCUGUUGGUAAACGACUGGACAGAGAGAAACAGGAGAGGUACUCGUUCACUGUCACAGCGCGGGACAAUGGCUCUGCAUCCCUGCAGAGCAAUGUUACGGUCAGGCUAAUUGUCCAGGACCUUAACGACAACAGCCCAGCUUUUACGCACCCUGAGUACAACUUCUAUGUGCCUGAAAACCUCCCUCUCUAUGGAACUGUUGGCUUAAUCACGGUGACAGAUGCAGAUGCGGGAGAUAAUUCUGUUAUAACUCUGUCCAUUUUAAACGGGAAAGACAAUUUCAUCAUUGACCCCCAAACUGGUGUGAUCAAACCAAAUAUCACCUUUGACAGGGAGCAGCAAAGCUCCUACACAUUUAUGGUCAAGGCAAUUGAUGGAGGGCAACCUCCCAGCUCCUCCUAUGCCAAGGUCACUAUUAACGUAGUUGACGUGAAUGACAAUCGUCCUGUGUUUGUUACGCCAUCCUCCAAUUAUUCAUAUGAUCUAGUACGAACGACCACGGCCCCUGGUGCUGUGGUCACCAGAGUCUUUGCCAUUGACAAUGACACAGGUAUGAAUGCUGAGCUGCAGUACAGUAUCCUCAGCAGCAUCAUCAUCACAUCCAGGGUUUCCCCUCGAGGUCUUUUUACCAUCAACAAAACAACUGGUAACAUAACGCUGCAGGAGAAAAUAGUCUCAGCCGAUCAUGGCCUGCAUAGGCUGGUAGUCAAGGUCAAAGAUUUGGGCCAGCCUGAGUCGUUACAUGCUAUCGCAUUGGUUCACUUGUUUGUCAAUGACACUGUGUCAAAUGCUACCUUUAUUCAAGAGCAGCUGCGUAAAAGCAUGGAGACACCCUUGGAUCGUAACAUAGGGGACAAUGAGGUAACACCUCAAGCUAAUGGAUAUGUGAUUGUUGUCAUAGCCAUCAUAGCAGGGACUAUGACUGUCAUCUUGGUGAUAUUUGUUACGGCCCUGGUGCGCUGCCGACAGACACCCAGACACAAAGUGGUGCAGAAGGGUAAGCAGAGUGGAGAGUGGGUGUCACCCAACCAAGAAAACCGUCAGAUCAAGAAGAAGAAGAAGAGAAAGAAGCGAUCCCCCAAGAGCCUCCUCUUGAACUUUGUUACCAUAGAUGAAUCCAAGCCUGAUGACCCAACGCAUGAGCAUGUUAAUGGUACUCUGGAUCUUCCUGUGGAGCUAGAGGAGCAAACCAUGGGGAAAUACAAUUGGGCAACCACGCCUACUACCUUUAAACCUGACAGCCCAGAUCUAGCCAAGCAUUACAAGUCUGCUUCCCCUCAGCCUACAUUUCAAAUCAAGCCAGAAACUCCUGUGGCCCCAAAGAAACACCAUGUGAUCCAGGAGCUCCCCUUGGACAACACAUUUGUGGUUGGCUGUGACUCACUCUCCAAGUGUUCAUCGACUAGCUCCGACCCAUACAGUGUCUCAGAGUGCAGCUGUCAGGGGGGAUUCAAGACUGCAGGGCAAAUCACCACCCGACAGGAGAUGGCACUGAAACCACCACACUAUGGCACACUCUGUGGCACAGGUACAGCUCGCUCCCACAGGAUUAAAAUCAAUCUCUAGCUCCCACUUCCUAAAGAGAGAAAAAGAGAGAAAAGAGGGAGAGAGGGCAGAGAGAAAGAGGAAAGAAGGAAUGCGAGAACUGAAGAGGUGAAACAAGUACUUUAUUGUCUCUACAGCCUCAAACUCCACCUAUUCAUUAAAUUGAUUAAAAACAAUGAAUUUGGAAGGGGAAGGAAGGGUGGGUGGCGUGUCAGAGAAGUAGGCAUGCUUCAUGUCGCUGCCUGAAACUCGACAAAGCUCCUCCUGUGAUCCUGUUGGAAGUCUGAAAUGCUUUAUUGAGUCCUAUGCUACAUCUGAACUGUAUCAUUGAGGAUGACAUGCCCUGAACCUUCCCCACAACUGUCCAACUCCAGCCACCAGUCUGUAAAAUAGGUGUCAGUAGAUCUGUAAAGUAUGUUUAUAUGUAUGUAUGUAUAUCUAUCACAGAGUUGAUGGUGUUUAUAUUUCUUGACUGCAUUUCUUUGCCUUGUAUUCAAAACUGCCCGGUGGCCAUUUUAUUUUCUUACUUUCUAUUUUUUCUAUCAUUUGACUGGGCUAUUCUAUGAAACUGAUGAUUUUUAAUGUAUUUAUGCUGCAAGGUCCACAACCUGUAGGCUUACAUUAGUUUUGAGCCAACUCGCAAUUGAUCUUGUGUGUCAUCCUUCGCCUUUCUUCUGUUCCUCUUUUGAUGCCACCGAUAGCAUUGUGAGUGAUGUGUGUGGCUAAUGUAUCACAAACAUGCUUGGCCCACAAUCCAACCACAUCUGCAGCCUUUUCGAAAACAGUGCUAAAGAUCACCAUUCUGUUAUUUCACUGGAGGAAAUGGAGGGACAAGUUUAAUACUUCCAGCUAAGCCAAAUGCUGGGGGUCACAAUCAAAAGCUGUUUAUGUAGGGCAGAUUUGAAGCGCGCUAAGCCUAACCUUUUGUGUGUCACUUUCUGUCCGUAAAUCAGAAGUGAUUUAACCCAUAAGGUUCACAUUAAAAUGACUCCAGAUGGUAGAAAUAUUAAUGAUAAUCCUCAGACAGUGGUUAAUACGAGUUGGUGGGUUUAAAUAAAAAUGACUUGACUCCGUGCACUUAUUUAAAGAGACGAAAAGACAUCUCCUGAUGAGAAAACUGAACACCAAAAUGAAAAGGUAAUCCAGGACUUGCUUUGAGAACAGCAAUAAGUUCACGCUUGACAGAAAAUCCACAAUACUUAAGGCUUUUUGUUCAGAGCAUUGUUUUUUUGGCUUGUGUUGCUUCACCUAUAAAAUCAUCUUGGUAUAUUCUGACUAGAAUCAUCUUGACAGUGAACACUAAUAAAUGGCGUGAUGGGUUAGCAGCAUUGUUGUUCAAUAGUCCUGUUAAAUGGUUAAGCUUAAGACUUAUUCGAUAGGUAAGGCCUAGUGGGCGCCUUCAGUACAUACAUAUGUCCAUAGAAUUAGAGUUAUUAAAAUAGACAUAGCCUGUGUAUUCACUGGGAAAUGUAUAGAUGGACAGGACUAAAGGCUGUUUCUAGGGAGAGACAAUAUAUAGUCAAAUUAAAUUUCUGCACGAACCAGAAGCCAUUUUGUAUGUGCUCCAUUCUUAAUACGUCAUGGCUGUAUAGGCUAUGUCUAUUUUAAAGCUUUUGAUUUUAUGCGUGCGGCAUCUAAAUGAGGCAGGUUGUUAUUAUUUAAGAAGGUAUGUUCAUGUAAUUAUGGUAUCAAAUGUAUUCACUACUGCGUAGGAGCCACAGUAUGAAAUAUACAUAGCAUCCUAGCACUGUGUAAUAAUUAGAUUUGCCUGAUCUUUGGGGAAAAGAAAAAAAAUUACAUAUAUAUAUAUACAUGGGGGGACCUUUUGUCCUUGUAAGGGAGACAGAAACCUCACUUUUAUUCAAUGUGAAGUACAAUAUGCACCUUACAUGAUCUUUGUAAUUGACUUUGAUUUGCCAGUGUGGAGAAAACUGUAAAUGUUUUGUUUUAUCAAUGUGUGCGCUUCUGAAAUUUAUUAAAGUCUU